AUGUACAAGCUGGACGUCCCUCUGGAUGCAGAGCUGAGGGAAGCUGCUGCUGUCGAGAGGCGAAGGAACCAGGAGCUGCAGAGACAGAGCCGCGUGUUCAACCCGCGGAUCAGAACCAUGGGGCUGGACACCCACAGCCUGGGCCAGCAGGUCCAGCAGCGCCGGCACCGAGAGGAGAGCGAGAGGCACCGGGAGCGGGCCUGCGACGCUCAGCGGGUGCUGGAGGACCAGGCUGUGCUGCAGUUUGAAGCUGCAGAGGCUGAGCGCAGGAGGGAACUGGAGAGGGGGCUCCAGAGGUACAGGGAGACCCUGCAGAGACCCCAGGACAGCCGGGACCGAGACCUGAACGACCCACGGGCCCAGCACAGCGAGCCACCGGCCAGGAGCAGCGACUCGGACCCACGAUGUGGCCCCGCCUCCCUGCAGAGAUUCCAGGGGGAAGACCUGAAUGCACUGGAGAAGAAGAAAGCGAUGAAAGAGGAGAGCGAGAGAGCGCUGAGGAGACAGAGAGAGGAGAGAGAGAGGGAGAGAGAGACGCAGAGAUACGCAGACAACAUCUCCGACUUGAAGAGAGUGGAGCUGGACCUGAGAGCUGUACGCCUGUCUGAACUGGAGGAGCUGUGCAAGAGAGCGAUCGACACGGCAGUGAAGGACUGCAACAGAGCACAGGCAGAGGAAGUUGCUCAGCGCAGGCGGAUGGACAGAGUGAGGGAGGAGGAGAAGAACCUAUCAGAGGUGUGGAGCAGCGUGACCUCUGACCUGCUGACUGAGAACCCCGCUGCCUCCGAGGGGGCAGGGCAGAGAGUGCUGACAGACAGGUGGAGGGGCAUGACCCCCGAACAGCACAGCGCCAUCCUGAGGGAGCGAGAGGAACAGCUGGCUGAGAGAGAGCGGCUGGACUCCGCAGCGAGGCAGCGGGAGGAGGAGUGGGAGAGGCAGAGGCUGCUGGCAGCGAGAGCUGGAAUAGAGCUGGAGAUGAGAGAGAAGGAGAGAGAGAGGGAGCUGAGGAGAGAACUGGACAGAUGUAACCUGCAGCUCGCAAGAGAACAGAGAGCGCACCAGGACUUCCUCGCGAAGGAGCUGUACACCAACCCCCCGACCGCGCAGUUUUUCACCCAGUUCAACACCAGCAGCCGCUGAACUGGGAUCCCACCAGAGACCAGUCACCCGUCCUGGGAGAGAGGCCGAGAGACACGCGCGCACCCACACCAUCUCGACUGCAGAGCGUCUCAAACAUCUUCACCACAGCAAGACAUUAAACACGCUGAGACCAGCUGCGAUCACCUGUUGUUGU